AUGGCUGAGGCGGAGGGAGAUGACCGCGAUAGACGGGUUAUUAAAAACGCACCCAAAGCUUGGAAAGCGGACAUCUGGGCACAUUUCGGAUUUUAUGAAGUGAAUGGGAAACUAGACAAGUCUUACGCGGUGUGUAAAAUCUGCCACACUAAAAUUAAGCACGUUGGCAAUACAACUAACUUCACGAACAAUGUUGAUCGUUGGCAUCCUGAGUUAGCUUUAACAACAACAACAACACAAAAAGUCGACACAUCCCAGCCAAGAAUUGACGAGUCGCUAGUGUCAACAUUGCCACACAACUCCGAGAGAGCAAAGAGGAUCACACGAUCGGUGGCAUGUUUUAUAGCGAAGGAUCUACGACCCUAUUCUGUGGUAGAAAAUGCGGGGUUUCGCCACAUGCUUAAAACAAUUGAGCCCCGGUAUAAGCUACCGACAAGAGCUACCUUCAGUGAUUCCGCAUUUCCCGCAUUGUACAAAGAAACCAAAGCAAAGACGAGAGCAGUUUAUGAGAGCCACACUGGUGCUCAUAUGGCAAGGCUACUCUUGGAUGUUGUGGAGGAAUGGCAGCUUACAGAUAAAAGUGUUGUGCUGGUGACGGACAACGCCGCUAAUAUGAUUAGUGCUGCUGAAAUUGGGAAGUUCCCUCAUGAAAAAUGCUUUGCGCAUACGUUAAACCUCGCUGCGCAGCGGGCGCUUAAGCUACCGGCGGUCUCCAGGCUUCUGGGCAGAGUCCGACGUAUCUCAGCAUACUUCCACCGCAGCACAAAGGCAAAGCACCUGUUUGAAGAAAACCAGAGAGUUGUUCUUAAACUGACAAGUCCACUUAAACUGAUAACAGAUGUCGCCACAAGGUGGAAUAGUGCUCAUGAUAUGAUGGAGAGGUUUUUGCAACUGCAAGCUGCAGUGCAUGCCACCCUGCUGUCACCUGCCCUAAAUGUAGAUGAAAGUGACAUCGUCCCUCUCAGCAGAGCCGAUCUGGCUAAUGUGGAGGAAGUAGUGAAGACAUUAAAACCAGUGAAGGAUGCCACUGUGUUUAUGUCAGAGGAGAGCAGUCCUACAGUCAGCCUAAUUGCACCAGUAUAUGCCCAACUCCUCCAGAGCAUGUCCGACACUAUUGGAGACCAACCACUGAUCCAUGAUGUGAAGAAUGCCAUCAAAACAGAUCUCCUUAAGAGGUACAAUAGUGAGGCAGAGAAAAAGAUCCUUCAUACAUCCUCUGCCCUGGAUCCUCGCUUUAAGGGGUUACCUUUCCUGACAGAGGAGGAGAGAUUGGAUGUCUCCGCAGGAGUGAUUUCAGAGGCUGCAUCCCUGGAGGAGUAUGAGAGAAAACAGAGAACAGAAGCAGAUGAAGCGCCUGGCAGAACAGGAAGUUCAGGAACCAAGGAAGAGUUGCUGUCCGUGGAUGACAAUGUGUCAGACUCAGUAGGCCCCUCCGCUCCCAAAAGAAGGGCCUCAUCGCUGCUUUUAAGUUUCCUGGGACCUGCUUUCAUCAAUGACACCAGUGAACCUGCAGUACAAAGUAAGACCACCGAUGCCAGUGCUGAGGAGGAAAUGGACUUGUACUGUAGAUCCCCAGCUGUGCCUCUCUCUGAGGAUCCCUUGGACUGGUGGCAUCGCCAUAAGGGCACAUUUCCUCUCCACUCUAGGUUAGCAAAGAGAUACUUGUGCAUCCCCGGGACAAGUGUGUCAGCAGAGAGUCUUCUCCACUGCAGGAGAUGUUAUCACUGCAAAAAGAAGCUCUCUCAAACCGGACCAUGUCGAUCAGCUUGUGUUUUUGCACAAGAACCUUGA